CCCAAAAUAAAGAUGGCGCAAGACGGAAGAUGACGAGAGGCAGUCGCUAUAGUUUGAUAGGCUGAGAUGAAAAACCAAGGCGGCUAAUCACAAGGCAUUUCCGCAUGACGUCAGUUAACGCGACUGGAGGUCUAGAGCGGGCAAGAUGGCGUCGGGAAGUGCAUCGAAAAAUGCAGACUUCCGUCGGAAGUGGGACAAAGAUGAUUAUGAGCAACUUGCACAGCAGCGAAUUACAGAAGAACGGGAAAAGAAAGAUGGCAAACCUUUACCGCCCAUUAAGAGAGAAAUGCUCCGACAUAGAGACUAUAAGGUGGACCUGGAGUCUAAGCUGGGAAAGACCAUUGUCAUUACAAAGACCACUCCACAGUCUGAAAUGGGAGGCUACUACUGCAAUGUUUGUGACUGUGUGGUGAAAGAUUCAAUCAACUUCUUGGACCAUAUCAAUGGCAAAAAACAUCAAAGGAAUUUGGGAAUGUCCAUGAAAGUAGAACGCUCAACGCUGGAUCAAGUCAAGAAGCGAUUUGAGGUUAAUAAGAAGAAAAUGGAAGAAAAACAGAAGGACUACGACUUUGAGGAGCGAAUGAAAGAGCUGCGGGAAGAGGAAGAAAAGGCACGGGCGUAUAAAAAGGAGAAGCAAAGGGAGAAAAAACGUAAAGCAGAAGAAGAUCUGGGAUUUGAAGAGGAUGAUGAAAUGGCUGCUGUCAUGGGUUUCUCAGGCUUUGGGUCAGCAAAAAAGGGUCACUAGUGUGACCCCCAACCUGCAGAAACGCGUGGGCAGCUUUUUUUUCCCUUUAAUUUUUUUUUAUAUAUAUAUAUUUUUGCCUACAGAAGCCUAUCUUUUUAUAUAGACAAAGCUUUUUCAUAACAAUACACAACUUUGACACUGGCUAACCACAGGGGAUUAUGGAAGUAUGCGACCAGAAACCAAAACACACAAUGACUAGUACUGUGACACACAACUUUUUUUUUAUUUUUUUUUAUUUAAAAAUCACGCCAAAGACUUGAAUGCUAUCGGUUGUGUUCAAGGCUGAGUUUAAAAGUGACAUGGUCUCUUUUCCUUGUGCAUGAGACAUGUUACAUGUAUAGGGAGAAAACCUGCUGAUUUUUGGUGCAGUCCUUUCACACAGAUUUAAAAAAAAAAAAAAAAAUCCUGUCGAUUUUAAAUGUGGAAAAGUAAAACAUUUUUGUUUUUAAUAAUUAGCCCAUGUUUGUAGCUUAAUUUCACUCUAAAUUAAAUGGUUGCAGUAGUGUAGCUCUCUACUGGAAGACCAGGGAUUAUAAAGAUGUUCAAUUGUUUUCAGAUUGUUCUCCAGAAAUAAAGACUUUUUUCAAUCA